GUCACGUGGGGGCGCCGGCUGCGCCUGCGGAGAAGCGGUGGCCGCCGAGCGGGAUCUGUGCGGGGAGCCGGAAAUGGUUGUGGACUACGUCUGUGCGGCUGCGUGGGGCUCGGCCGCGCGGACUGAAGGAGACUGAAGGCCCUCGGAUGCCCAGAACCUGUAGGCCGCACCGUGGACUUAUUCUUAACCGAGGGGGUGUUGGGGGGACCCUGAUGUGGACCAAAUGAAAUGAACAAAGCUCCACAGCCCACAGGCCCCCCACCCGCCCCAUCCCCUGGACUCCCACAGCCAGCGUUUCCCCCGGGGCAGACAGCACCGGUGGUGUUCAGUACGCCACAAGCGACACAAAUGAACACGCCUUCUCAGCCCCGCCAGCACUUCUACCCUAGCCGGGCCCAGCCCCCAAGCAGUGCAGCUUCCCGAGUGCAGAGUGCAGCCCCCGCCCGCCCUGGCCCAGCUGCCCAUGUCUACCCUGCUGGAUCCCAAGUAAUGAUGAUCCCUUCCCAGAUCUCCUACUCAGCCUCCCAGGGGGCCUACUAUAUCCCUGGACAGGGGCGUUCCCCAUAUGUUGUUCCGACACAGCAGUAUCCUGUGCAGCCAGGAGCCCCAAGCUUCUAUCCGGGUGCAAGCCCUACAGAGUUUGGGACCUACGCUGGUACCUACUACCCAGCCCAGGGUGUGCAGCAGUUUCCCACUGGCGUGGCCCCCACCCCAGUUUUGAUGAACCAGCCACCCCAGAUUGCUCCCAAGAGGGAGCGGAAAACGAUCAGAAUUCGAGAUCCAAACCAAGGAGGGAAGGAUAUCACAGAGGAAAUUAUGUCUGGGGCCCGAACCGCCUCCACACCCACUCCUCCCCAGACGGGAGUCGGUCUGGAGCCUCAAGCUAAUGGGGAGACUCCCCAGGUUGCUGUUGUUGUCCGGCCAGAUGACCGGUCACAGGGAGCAAUCAUUGGGGCCCGGCCGGGGCUGCCUGGCACAGAGCAUAGCCCUUCAGAAUCCCAGCCUUCCUCACCUUCUCCGACCCCAUCACCACCUCCAAUCUUGGAACCAGGAUCUGAGCCUAAUCUCGCAGUCCUCUCCAUUCCUGGGGACACUUUGACAACGGGGAUGAUAGAAAUGUCUGUAGAAGAAUCAACCCCUAUGCCCUGUGAAACUGGGGAGCCAUAUUGCAUCUCUUCAGAACCCACUCCCCUCGCCGAACCCAUACUGGAAGUAGAAGUGACACUUAGCAAACCAAUUCCAGAGUCUGAGUUCUCUUCUAGUCCUCUCCAGGUUUCUAUCCCCUUGGCAUCUCCCAAGGUGGAAAUUCUUCCUGAGCCUAAUGGCACGGUCCCACCCGAGGAUCUAGAACCAGAGUUGGAGUUGAACCCAGAGCUUGCCCCUCUCCCCCCUGUUUGUCCCUCUGAUUCCCCCACGCCCAUUGCUCCAACUGCCCAACCUGAGGAACUGCUCAAUGGAGCCCCCUCGCCACCAGCUGUGGACUUAAGCCCAGUCAGUGAGCCAAAGGAGCAGACGGAAGAGGUUACAGCACCAGUGGCUCCCCCUGUCGUCCUCUCUGCCGCUCCAGCUGAGGAUUUUCCAGCGACUUCCCCUGCUCUAGAGGAGGAAAUGGAGGAAGAGGAGGAGGAGGAGGAAGAAGGAGAAGCAGGAGAAGCUGAGGGUGACAAGGGAGAAGAGGAACUGCUCCCCCCAGAGAGCACCCCUGUUCCAGCUCACCUGUCCCAGAAUUUGGAGGCAGCAACAGCCACCCCAGUGGCAGUAUCUGUGCCAAAGAGGAGACGGAAAAUUAAGGAGCUCAAUAAGAAGGAAGCUGUAGGAGACCUUCUAGACGCCUUCAAGGAGGCAAACCCAGGAGUACCAGAGGGAGAAAAUCAGUCACCUGUAGGCAACAACCCCGGCCCAGAGCCUGAGGGCAGCAGUGUGCCCUCACGAUCUGAGGAAGCAGAUGAGACUUGGGACUCAAAGGAAGACAAAAUCCACAAUGCUGAGAACAUUCAACCCGGGGAACAGAAGUAUGAAUACAAGUCAGAUCAGUGGAAGCCUCUAAACCUUGAGGAGAAAAAACGUUAUGACCGUGAGUUCCUGCUUGGCUUUCAGUUCAUCUUUGCCAGUAUGCAGAAGCCUGAGGGACUGCCCCAUAUCAGUGAUGUGGUGUUGGAUAAGGCCAAUAAAACACCACUUCGGCCACUGGAUCCUGCUAGACUUCAGGGUAUAAAUUGUGGCCCAGACUUCACGCCAUCCUUUGCCAACCUUGGCCGACCAACCCUUAGCAACCGUGGGCCCCCAAGGGGUGGGCCAGGUGGGGAGCUGCCCCGAGGGCCGCAGGCUGGCCUGGGACCCAGGCGCUCUCAACAGGGCCCCCGAAAGGAGCCACGUAAGAUCAUUGCCACAGUGUUAAUGACCGAAGAUAUAAAACUGAACAAAGCGGAGAAGGCCUGGAAACCCAGCAGCAAGCGGACAGAAAAGGACCGGGGGGAAGAGGACGCUGAUGGCAGCAAAACCCAGGACCUGUUCCGCAGGGUACGCGCCAUUCUGAAUAAGCUGACACCCCAGAUGUUCCAGCAGCUGAUGAAGCAGGUGACGCAGCUGGCCAUCGACACCGAGGAACGCCUGAAAGGGGUUAUUGACCUCAUCUUUGAGAAGGCCAUCUCAGAACCCAACUUCUCUGUGGCCUAUGCCAACAUGUGUCGCUGCCUCAUGACGCUGAAAGUGCCCACUACGGAGAAGCCAGCAGUGACUGUAAACUUUCGAAAACUGUUGUUGAAUCGAUGUCAGAAGGAGUUUGAAAAAGACAAAGAUGAUGAUGAGGUUUUUGAGAAGAAGCAAAAAGAGAUGGAUGAAGCUGCUACGGCAGAAGAACGGGGACGCUUGAAGGAAGAGCUGGAAGAGGCUCGAGACAUAGCCCGGCGGCGCUCUUUAGGGAAUAUCAAGUUCAUUGGGGAGCUGUUUAAGCUGAAGAUGUUAACAGAGGCAAUAAUGCACGAUUGCGUAGUUAAACUACUUAAGAAUCACGAUGAAGAGUCCCUCGAAUGCUUGUGCCGUCUGCUCACUACCAUUGGCAAAGAUUUGGACUUUGAAAAAGCCAAGCCCCGAAUGGAUCAGUAUUUCAACCAGAUGGAAAAAAUAAUUAAGGAAAAGAAGACUUCAUCCCGAAUCCGCUUUAUGCUGCAAGAUGUGCUGGAUCUGCGACGGAGCAAUUGGGUUCCACGCCGAGGGGAUCAGGGUCCCAAGACCAUUGACCAGAUCCACAAGGAGGCGGAGAUGGAGGAGCAUCGAGAGCACAUAAAAGUACAGCAGCUGAUGGCCAAGGGCAGCGACAAACGUCGGGGUGGUCCUCCAGGCCCACCUAUCAGCCGUGGCCUUCCACUUGUAGAUGAUGGUGGCUGGAACACAGUCCCCAUCAGCAAGGGCAGCCGCCCUAUUGACACCUCACGACUCACCAAGAUCACGAAGCCUGGCUCCAUUGAUUCUAACAACCAGCUCUUUGCACCUGGAGGGCGAUUGAGCUGGGGCAAGGGCAGCAGUGGAGGCUCAGGAACCAAGCCCUCUGAUGCAGCAUCAGAAGCUGUUCGUCCAGCUACUAGUACCUUGAAUCGCUUCUCAGCCCUUCAACAAGCAGCACCUACAGAAAGCACAGAAAACAGACGUGUGGCUCAGAGGAGUAGCUUGAGCCGGGAACGAGGUGAGAAAGCUGGGGACCGAGGAGACCGCCUAGAGCGGAGUGAACGGGGAGGUGAUCGUGGUGACCGGCUUGAUAGAUCUCGGACACCUGCCACCAAGCGCAGCUUCAGCAAGGAAGUGGAGGAGCGGAGUAGAGAGCGGCCCUCUCAGCCUGAGGGGCUGCGCAAGGCAGCCAGCCUGUCUGAGGAUCGGGACCGAGGGCGGGAUGCUGUGAAGCGGGAAGCCACCCUGCCUCCUGUGAGUCCCCCAAAGGCUGCACUCUCAGAGGAGGAGCUGGAGAAGAAAUCCAAGGCCAUCAUUGAGGAAUACCUCCAUCUCAAUGACAUGAAGGAGGCAGUGCAGUGUGUGCAGGAGCUGGCCUCGCCAUCCCUGCUCUUCAUCUUUGUGCGGCACGGUGUCGAGUCCACACUAGAGCGCAGUGCCAUUGCUCGAGAGCACAUGGGACAGCUGCUGCACCGGCUGCUCUCUGCCGGGCACCUCUCCACUGCACAGUACUACCAAGGGCUGUAUGAAAUACUAGAAUUGGCUGAAGACAUGGAAAUUGACAUCCCCCAUGUGUGGCUCUACCUGGCAGAACUAGUAACACCAAUUUUGCAGGAUGGUGGAGUACCCAUGGGGGAGCUGUUCAGGGAGAUUAUAAAACCUCUGAGACCCCUGGGCAAAGCUGCUUCCCUGUUGCUGGAGAUCCUGAGGCUCCUAUGCAAAAGCAUGGGUCCCAAAAAGGUGGGGGCGCUGUGGCAAGAGGCUGGACUCAGUUGGAAAGAAUUUCUACCGGAAGGCCAGGAUGUUGGUGCAUUCGUCACUGAACAGAAGGUGGAGUAUACCCUGGUAGAGGAAUCAGAAGGCCUUGGCCAGAGGUUGCUCUCCCCUGAGGAGCUGAGCAGACAGCUGGAGAAGCUGCUCAAGGAGGGCAGCAGUAACCAGCAGGUGUUUGACUGGAUAGAGGCCAACCUGUCUGAACAGCAGGUAGCAUCCAACACAUUAGUUCGAGCCCUCAUGAAAAGUGUCUGCUAUUCCGCAAUUAUCUUUGAGACUCCCCUCCGAGUGGAUGUUGAGGUGCUGAAAGCUCGAGCGAAACUGCUACAGAAAUACCUAUGUGACGAGCAGAAGGAGCUGCAGGCACUCUAUGCCCUCCAGGCCCUUGUAGUGACCUUAGAACAGCCCCCCCACCUGCUUGGGAUGUUCUUCGAUGCGCUGUACGAUGAGGACGUGGUGAAGGAGGACGCUUUCUACAGCUGGGAGAGUAGCAAGGACCCCACUGAGCAGCAGGGCAAGGGCGUGGCCCUUAAAUCUGUCACAGGCUUCUUCAAGUGGCUUCGCCAGGAGGAAGAGGAGUCCGACCACAACUGAGGGCGGGUGGGGCCGGGGACUUGGAGCCCCGUGGACACUCGGAUGGCCCAGCCAGCCGCCCGGACUGCAGGGGGUUCAGCAGCGGCGGCAGUGGCGGCAGUGGGGGCAGUGGGUGCCUGUAGUGCGAUUGUCAGAGCUAAUAAAGUGGCUGAAGAGGCAGGAUGGCUUGGGCCCCCUCCAGGAUGCUGCCAGGUGUCCCUUCCUCCCCCCUGGGGCACAGAGAUAUAUUAUAUAUAAAGUCUUGAAAUUUGGUGUGUCUUGGGGGGGGCACCACUGCCUGCCCCUGGGGUCCUUUUUUAUUUUCCGAAAAAUCACUCUUGGGACUGCCGUCCUCGCUGCUGGGGGCAUACGCCCCAGCCCCUGCACCACCCCUGCUGCUGCCUGGGCAGGGGGAAGGGGGGGGCACGGUGCCUGUAAUUAUUAAACAUGAAUUCAAUUAAA